UCGCGCUCUCUAACACAUUUAAGGUGAAAAAGGAAAACUUUAAAUGUCAAGGACAACGGCACGGCAACAACAAACAUCGGAUAAAAGCGGUCACAACAAAAGCAAAUUUAUCAACAAAUUGGAAAACUAAUUUGUUUAAUUUUCAUUAAUCGUAUUGCAUCUGCCAGUAAAGGGCAAGGCAAUGUCCCAUCCAGGAUAUGGAAGGCCACCAAAUAUAUCGUCGUCACAUCCAACAUCGCCCACAGCAGUCCCUUUCGCCAACGAUGACGGCGCGCCAGUCCCUUCAACUACGAAUUCGACUUGCUGUGGCACAGCAAGUAACAUAGCAACAGGACCAGCAAUGGAUCCAAAUGGAAUCGGUGGCAUUGGCAAGGAUAAGAUUGGAAUUCAUCCGGUUUACCUCAAUCUAAAUGAUCAAAUCGGCAAGGAUCAAUCUAACUCCGCUUCCACCACCUCUUUCUACACUCACUCAGAUGAUGACACCCGCAGGGCUGAUAUAUGGUUAUCCUCACUUCAUAGUGUUAUAUUUAUUAUCACCUGUGCAUUGGCUGUAUUCAUACUAUUCCGCAAUGUUCUUACCUGGCAUUUGCAAAGUUUUUGGGGAGCUUCUGGAGAUUUUUGGCAAUCGCAAUGGGACAAGUUCAUUGACAAAUUUGGUGAUGAUCCGAUGAUACUAUGGGUUUUUGGUACCACAAUAUUUACAAUGAUUGUCUAUUGGUUUGUGGGCGGAAUAUAUACAUUUAUGGAUCUAACAAAUCGUCCAGCUUGUCUGCGUAAAUAUAAAAUUCAACCGGGCACCAAUGAGCCAGUCGAGGCGGGACGUCUAUUAAAGGUCAUUUGGAGUGUCAUAUGCAAUCAAAUAUUUGUCGGUAUCCCAUUGGCCUAUGGCAGCUAUAAACUAAUGAUGAUCCGCGGUCUGAGCGAUAUACGCGAAUUGCCGACAUUUCAUUGGGUCUGCUUUGAGCUAACCGUUUGCAUAUUGAUGGAGGAGCUGGGUUUCUAUUAUUCACAUCGAUUGCUGCAUCACAAGCAUAUAUACAAGUUUAUACACAAACGGCAUCACGAGUGGACAGCACCGAUAUCGGUGACAGCUAUCUAUUGCCAUCCAAUUGAGCAUAUAUUUAGUAAUUUGUUGCCACCGUUUCUGGGUGUAUUCCUCAUGGGAAGCCAUGUGGCUACCGCUUGGUUAUGGUUUGCUCUGGCAAUAUUAUCAACAUUGAAUGCACAUUCCGGUUAUCAUUUGCCCUUCUUUCCCAGUCCGGAGGCCCAUGAUUUUCAUCAUUUGAAAUUCAACAAUUGCUUUGGGGUUCUGGGUGUCUUGGAUCGUUUACAUGGGACUGAUUCUUUGUUUCGGAAUACCAAAUCCUAUGCCCGUCAUAUUAUGAUGCUUAGUUUUGUGCCACCGCGCGAUGCUUUUCCAGAUUCCACAAUGAAAUGAGCCCAAACGAAGCUAAGGCAGAAGUCUGCAUAUAUGAAUACCUACAUACAUGAAUAAUUCAUUGUGAUUUAUACAUAUAUAUGUAUAUAUAACCAAGUGGUGCGGGUUUUAUAUAUAUAUAUAUAUACAUACAUAUAUCUCAUCUCCUAACCACAUCCAUUUGAAUGGAAUGGUUUAGUUUUUUUUUGUUUUGGCGCAACGUAAAUGGUAAUAUUAAGUGUAAAAACAAACAUAUUCAAUAUGUGCACGUAGUUUUACAUAUUUAUAUGUAUAUGUAUGUACUGCAUGCUAUAUAGUACCUACAUGAAUACUAUAAACAUAUAUACUAUAUAC